CACUUCAGCUCUAAUGUCGGUCCGAAUAUCAUGAGCUGCAUGUUUCUGUUUACCCAAGAUCCGCACCACUCACCCGGCACGUUCAUCCCGACUCCCCUGCCAACAUCUCAAUCAAGAAGAAACAUACCAGGUAGUAACAGUUCAUCCGACCUGAGGAAAAACGCAUUGAAUCGUCUUGUUUCAACAAGGUUGUUCAGGAAAUACUAGCCACACCUCCGAUUGGCCCGCAAGUUCAUCAUCAACCUCACUUUGCAGCAGCACCAUUCAAUUCAUCGAACGACUUCCAAAUACGCGACGCAGAGGAAGGUAGUACUCGGCUUGAUCCUCGGUGGAUCACCAGCGCUGAAGCGGUAAAAAGAAGUGCAUUUUUCCAUCUCUAUCUGGGGAAAACGGGAGUUACCCAUGAGCCGCGCCAAUUAGUACGAGUUUGACGUCGUGUGAUUUGUUGAUCAAUUCCGAUCUGAGACCUUCCCCGGACUUGUUUUUGUGGAGGUGUCGACUUAAACGACUUUGAACGAGUUUAACCAGCGGUUGUCUUAUUAGCCGGCAGCUCAAGCAUCAUGAAGUGCCGUACCAGAAUUAGACCAUCAUGUUCAAGGGUCAAGUGUAUAUAAGGAUCAUGUUCCCAGUGUCUUUUCAGUCAAUAUCUUGUACAUACUCAACAACAGCUUUAGUGUCUUUACAAUGUUCUUCAAUACUCAAUCUCUUGGUGUCGUGGCUCUCGCCGGAUUAGCCACGGCUGUCCCUUCAGGAAAGCAUCUUCAAACUCGUGAAGUUGGCAAGCUUCCUGCUCUUGGCUGGAACGGUUGGAAUCAAGGACAAUGCAACGCAGCUAGUGAGAAAGUUGCCCUUGCUACAGCCAAGACUUUCAUCAGUCUGGGUCUCAAGGACGCUGGAUACCAAUACGUCAACAUUGAUGACUGCUGGUCUACAAAGCAGCGAGACUCCAAUGGCAACCUCGUCCCUGACCCUGCAAAGUGGCCAAGAGGUAUCAAGCCAGUUGCCGAUGAGAUCCACGCAAUGGGUCUAAAGUUCGGUCUUUAUGGUGACGGCGGUGUCAAGACUUGCGCAGGUUAUCCAGGAAGUCAAGGCCACGAGCAGCAAGAUGCAAAUCUUCUUGCCAGCUGGGGUGUCGACUACUGGAAGUACGACAACUGUUACACACCCUGUAACACAGGCAACGCUGCCGAUAUCCAGACAUGCCCCAACAACCAAGCUCCUAGCUCUAAGCCUCGGUAUGAAAAGAUGAGGGAUCUCCUUAAAGCUACAGGAAGGGACAUCCUCUAUUCGCUUUGCAACUGGGGUUAUGAUGAGGUUUGGACUUGGGGUGCUCAGGUCGGACACAUGUGGCGAAUGAGCCAGGACAACUGGGGCAAAUGGGCGGAUGUUGUCCGUAUUGCUAACCAGGCGGCACCUAUCCUGAAGUACACUGUACCCGGCCACUACAAUGAUCUCGAUAUGAUGAUCCUUGCAAACGGUGCUCUUACCCCUGCUGAGGAGCGCACUCACUUCGCCAUCUGGUGUAUCACCAAGUCUCCUAUCAUUCUCGGAACCGACAUGACCAAGCUUAACAGCGAUGAGGUCAAGUUGAUCACAAACAAGGGCCUUCUCGCCGUCAACCAAGACUCGCUCUCCAAGCCUGCUGUGCCUUUCACCCCUCCCAACACUCCCACCAAGGGAAGCGGCGAGAUCUACCCUUACUGGUCGGGUCCCAUCUCAACCGGAACAGUUGUCGCCAUCGUCGCCAGCAAGGGCAACUUGAACACUCAGCUGAACCUCAAGGACGUUCCAGGACUCAAGGAUCAGGAGUAUUCGUGGACUGAGCUUCUGACUGGUGCUAAAGGAAAGGGCAAGACUGUUUCCGCUAACUUGCAGACACACGAUGUUGCCGUCUUCCGCAUCGACCACAACUAAGCCCAUGAGUUGAGACUUUUCGAAGUGUAUAUAUUUUGAAAGUGUAUCUACGAUUUCACGUACAAAGAUUGUUGGAGGAUGCUGCUACACAAGACUGAUUAGUGGGUAGGCAGUUAGUACAUAGCAUGAAACUUGGUUCAGCUCAAA